AUGCGCGCCGCUCGAGCUCAAGCGACGACGAUGAUGGUGGCGUCGUCGGCAACUCGAUCGCAAUACACGUCGCGUCGCGGCGUCGCCCAUCGCCCACGCGCGCUCGCGCUCCGACCGAGCCCGGACGUCAUCGCACCGUCGACGUCAUCAUCUUCCGACGACCCAGCGUGCACGGUCGUCGUCUUCGCCCCGGUCGACGAGGAUUCGUUCAUGCAUUAUCCUCCGGAACUCGUCGAGCGCGGACGAUUCGAACGACGCGCGCCGAGCUUCGGAGAGGUGUUCGAACAAAUGGGUCGCCGGGUCGGUUGGAGCGACGCAGACGGGAAAACGCUUGGAUUGGAGGUCGUGUCGACGACGGCGAGCGAGGCUGAGAUGAUCGAUAAGGCGAAGAAAGCGGACGUAGUGAUCGCGAUCGGGGUGCAGGACGAGGAGACGGCGUCGAGGGUUCGUCGUGCGGCGGCGACAUGCGCGACGAUGUGCGGGCUCGAUUCGCCGCCGCUCGAGGCGGACGAGAGAAUUUGCUUUAACGCGACGAGCGAUUUGCGAAAGAUACUGGCGAGGUUGACGCCGUGGAGUCAGGCGGCGAAGGAUGUGCGUCUAAUGGAUCAGGCGAAGGAGCUGUAUGAGCGAAAGAAUCACUUGGACACGCUUGUGAUGAUUUUGCUCCUCGUGGACGCGAGCGGCUUUCGCGUGCCCGCAAUGGAUAUCAAUCAGGACAUAACUCUCGGAAACGUCUGGUGCAUCGCGUCAAACUGCAACAAGCAGCUCUUAGCUUGUUACAAAAAUCCGCAGUGCAAGAAGUCUUUGGACUGCGUCGAUGCAUGCGGAUUAACGGACCAGGUGUGCACUUACACGUGCAUCAGGUCGUACCAGAAUGACGAGUUCGAAAAACUCGCUCGUUGCAUGCUCCACAAGCAUAAUUGUUUAGGUAACGAUGCCAGGAGGCCGCAGUUACCGCAGGUUUUGCCUAUGCAGACGUGGAGAGGCGAGCCGAUGUCGCACGAUGCAGCGGAGCGCAUCAUGCAAGGUUGGCUGGGACUCCCCGAUGAAAAGGGUGAGCUGAGGAAGUUUAGUUGGUUGGCGGUGUCUGGUGAGAACCCCGCAUACGACUUUUUUCCGUGCCAGUUCCAGAUUUGGUACCGUGGCAAGGGCAGAAACGUGUUCUGGUACAACCCGGUGUUCAAAGUGAACACGCUCGACGGACGAACGGUGUGGCGAAGGUCUGACUAUCGCUGCCGAAGAGCCGACUCGCCCGGGACGUUCAUAUUCUCCUUUAUGGAUAAUGGCGUGACGAGUGAGGAGUACUGGCGCAUCGUCGAUGCCGCAGAUGACCUUUCGUGGGCCCUGUACUACUAUGCCGGCGCCGCCAAGUCAGCUGGUCAAAGUUACAUAGGCGCCGUCUUAGCGACUCCCGACGGCAAGUGGCCAUCCGACGCCGAGAUGGCUCGCGUCGAGGACUCUCUCUGGCGCGGCUGCGGCAUUAAAAUUUGGGAGAUGUGCCAAGUCGAUAAUUCUACCGCGUUCGACGGCGACGCACCUUUAGACCCCUUGCACGAACCGUAUCUCAUCGCGGACUAG